AUGUCUUCUUCCUCUUCUUUUCUCUUCCCUCAAACUCAAUCCACAGUUCUCCCAGACCCUUCAACCUACUUCUCCUCAAACCUUCUUUCCUCUCCACUUCCCACCAACUCUUUCUUUCAGAACUAUGUUAUUCCAAACGGGUCUCAACCUGAGUACAUUCACCCUUACCUCAUCCAAACUACAGACACCUCACUGUCAGUCUCGUACCCUCUUCUCCUCUUCACCACAGCAGUUUUGUACCAAGCUUUUGUGCCAGAUCUCACCAUCUCUUCCACUCAAACACACUCACGUGAACAAAACCGUGUAAUCUCAUCAUUCAGUGACCUUGGUGUCACUUUGGACAUUCCCUCCUCCAACCUUAGAUUCUUUCUCUCAAGAGGAAGCCCUUUUGUAACUGCUUCUGUCACCUCUUCAACAUCUCUUUCUAUCACCACUGUGCACACCAUAGUCUCUUUGUCUUCCAAUGAUGACAACAACACCAAGUACACCCUUAAGCUUAACAACACUCAGACGUGGCUCAUAUACGCCUCCUCCCCAAUCUAUUUGAACAAUGAUAGUGCUUCCAAGGUUACCUCCAAGCCAUUUUCUGGCAUCAUUCGUGUAGCAGUGUUGCCUAAUCCUGACUAUGUGUCAAUUCUCGACAAAUUCAGCUCUAGUUACCCUCUCUUGGGUGAUGCAACACUAGAGGAGCCGUUCCGUUUGGUUUAUCAAUGGCAAAAGGAAGGGUAUGGGGAUUUGCUCAUGCUGGCUCAUCCUCUUCAUAUUAAGCUUUUAUCAAAUAAUAAUAACGGUAAACUUACUGUACUGACUGAUUUUAAGUAUCAGAGCAUUGAUGGUGAUCUAGUUGGUGUUGUUGGAGAUUCAUGGGUGUUGGAAACGGAUUCUAUUCCUGUGACAUGGUAUUCUAACAAAGGAGUGGGAAAGGAUUCAUAUGAUGAGAUUGUCUCAGCGCUUGUUAAGGAUGUGCAAGCGCUUAAUUCUUCAGAUAUAGGAACAGAUUCAUCUUAUUUUUAUGGGAAGCGCGUUGGAAGGGCUGCAAGGUUGGCAUUGAUAGCGGAAGAAGUGUCUUUUUCAAACGUGGUUCCCACGAUUAAGAAUUUUCUUAAAGAGGCCAUUGAGCCUUGGUUAGACGGAACUUUCCAAGGGAAUGGUUUUCUAUAUGAAAACAAAUGGAGUGGACUUGUAACCAAACUAGGUUCAACGGAUGCAACCGCUGAUUUUGGGUUUGGAGUUUACAAUGAUCACCAUUACCAUUUGGGGUACUUUCUAUAUGGAAUUGCGGUUCUUGCAAAGAUUGAUCCCGAGUGGGGACAAAAAUACAAGCCACAAGCUUAUUCACUUGUGGAAGAUUUUAUGAACUUGGGACAAAGGUAUACCAGAAUUUAUCCACGUCUAAGGUGUUUUGACCUUUAUAUGUUACAUUCUUGGGCUGCGGGAGUGACUGAAUUUGAAGAUGGAAGGAAUCAAGAAAGUACAAGUGAAGCUGUGAAUGCAUACUAUUCAGCAGCGUUGGUGGGUCUAGCAUAUGGUGACUCAAGUCUUGUUGCCACUGGGUCAACGUUAAUGGCAUUGGAAAUUCUUGCUGCACAAACUUGGUGGCAUGUGAAAUUGGAAGAGAACUUGUACGAAGAAGAAUUUGCCAAAAGCAAUAGGAUAGUGGGGAUUUUGUGGGCUAAUAAGAGGGAUAGUAAGUUAUGGUGGGCUGGUUCUGAGUGUAGAGAGUGUAGGCUUGGAAUCCAAGUGCUACCCUUGUUGCCUAUUACUGAGACCUUGUUCUCUGAUGCUGAUUAUGUGAAGGAGCUUGUGGAAUGGACACUGCCCUAUUUAAGUAGUCAAGGGUGGAAGGGUAUGACCUAUGCCUUGCAAGGAAUUUAUAAUAAGGAAACGGCAUUGGAGAAUAUAAGAAUGUUGAAUGGUUUUGAUGAUGGAAACUCUUAUAGUAAUCUCUUGUGGUGGAUUCACAGCAGAUGA